AUGAAUGAAGAAUUGAUUAAAAGUGCUGUUGAUUUCUUAAAAGAUCCUCAUGUUGAAUCUUCUCCAUUAACAAAAAAAGUAGAAUUUUUAGAAUCAAAGGGUUUGAAUCAACAAGAAAUUGAAGAAGCUUUAAAAAGAGCAAAUAAUAAUAAUAAUAAUAAUAGUACCACCAUUAAUAAUACAACACCAUCAUCAUCAUCAUCAUCGUCUUAUCAAAACUCACCUCCAGUUGAUUAUUAUAAUUUAAAUCGACCAGCUUUACCUGAAAGAUCAUGGAAAGAUUACUUUAUAAUGGCUACUGCUACCGUUGGAGUUACUUAUGGUUUAUAUCAAGUUUUAAAUCGUUAUGUAAUUCCAUCAAUUAUCCCUCCAAAACAAUCUUCUAUUGAACAAGAUAAACAAACUAUUAAUGAAGAAUUUCUCAAAAUUGAUAAGGUUUUAGAUCAACUUUCUAAAGAACAAGAAGAUAUUAAAUCUCAAAAUGAUGAAAAAUUAAAGGAUAUUGAUACUGUAAUUGAAAAUGUAAAUGAUUUUAUUAACAAAUUUAAUAAAGAUAAAUUAAAAUUUGAUGAUGAUUUAAAAUUAAUGAAAUUGGAAAUUAAUAAUUUAAAUAAUUCUGUUGAAAAAAAUGUAAAUUUAAUUAAAGAAAAUAUUAAUAGUGAAUUAACUGAAAUUAAUGAUGAAUUAAUAAGUUUGAAAAAUUUAAUUAAAGUUAGAAAUAAUCAAAAUAUAUCAAAUAAUAAUGUUGAAUCAAGAAAAAUAGCACCAGUGUCAUCAAUUCCAUCUGCUUCAGAAAUAUUAAAACGUGCAAGAGAAAAGAAGGAGGAAUCAAAAGUUGAAAAUACAAAAACACCAACUGAAGAAUUAAAAACUCAAGAACCAAUUAGACCAGAUGUUGUAAGGAGUGAAAGUAUAACAAAAGAUGGAGUAACAGCUGGUGGUAUUCCAUUAUGGCAAAUACAACAUAAAGAAAAGGAAGAAAAAGAAGAAGAAGAAGAAGAACUGGAAAAGAAUGCUCAACAAUCUCAACAAAUACCUAGUUGGCAAUUAAAUAAUCAACAAAAAGAAGAAGAAGUUAAUGAAAAACUUAAAAAUAUUCAACAACCAUCAUGGCAAUUGAAUCAAGAGCAAUAA